AUGAACGAGGUGGAAUUAUUUUCUAAUUUUCAAAGUGAAUUUCCAGAAUUACUUCCUACAGAUAGAGUUAUGGAAGACGAACCAAACCUCGAAGAUGGGACUGAUAUAAUUAUGCAGGAAAUAUUUCCUUUAACCAGUAAUAUGGAUGAAUUGAACUCAGCAAAUGCAGUUGAUCUUGAUAUAGUACAAGAAUUACUGACCUCAAGUGGUGCUUUGGAAGAUCAAAGGUCAAGUUCAGUGUUGAAGGAGUUAAAUUUAAGACACUUUGUUAUAAUAUUUUAUGAGAAAGUGGAAUAUCCUGGUAAAGUAAUUUCUGUAAAUGAUGAGGGAGCAGUUAUCGAGUGUAUGAAGAAAGGAAACAAGUUUUGGAGGUGGCCUAAACAAAAAGAUAUCAUGUAA